GUGGAUGUCCAAGAACUGGGCGUCUGGAGAAGUCUCCGAUAGGCCUGACAUCAUCGCAUCAAUAAAUAAUGCGGCCGGGCCGUAAUCUGCUGCGAGCAGCCAGCCGCGGCCAUCUGUGCGCGAGGCUGAGCCGGGCACGGGGAUAAUGGCUUUUGGCUUUCACGGAGCCCAGAAACCGCAGGGAGCGGCCUCAGACAUCCACGACAGUGAUGGGGGCUCGAGCAGCAGCAACCAGAACCCCAGGAGCACAGCCAAGUGGGCGGCCUCCCUGGAGAACCUGCUGGAAGACCCAGAAGGCGUGAAGAGAUUCCGGGAAUUUUUGAAGAAGGAAUUCAGUGAAGAAAAUGUUUUAUUUUGGCUAGCAUGUGAAGAUUUUAAGAAAACACAGGAUAAAAAGCAGAUGCAGGAGAAGGCCAAGGACAUCUACAUGACCUUCCUGUCCAGCAAGGCCUCGUCUCAGGUCAACGUGGAGGGCCAGUCCCGGCUCAAUGAGAAGAUCCUUGAAGAACCACACCCACUGAUGUUCCAGAAGCUUCAGGACCAGAUCUUCAACCUCAUGAAGUACGACAGCUACAGCCGGUUCUUGAAGUCGGACCUGUUCUUAAAGCACAAGCAGGCGGAGGAGGAGGAGGAGGAGGAGCCGCCGGACGCCCAGACAGCAGCCAAAAGGGCUUCGAGGAUUUAUAAUACUUGAGUCCCGUCCCCCCCACCCAGAGCCGGCAGGACUGGCCACCUUCGGAAGUGAAGGAACCCGCCUUCGGGACCGUGGGGCUUCUAGACGCUUUGUUAUCUGAUGACGGAGAUGUACAAAACCCUUCUGUGGGCUAAGUGUAUUUUAUUAACGCUUGACCAGUAGGUUGUGCAUGAUAGCUAAUCUUAAAAAAAAAAAAUAACCCUUCAGAGUGUAGUUCUCACACACACACACACACACACACACACACACACACACACACACAUAGAUAGACACACGCAGAUGGCAGACAAAAGCCCACGAACCCUGGCCACUGGAGCGAUGCAGAGUUGAUUAAACAUCACUGAGGCCGCCAG